AUGUACACCGUACCUUCGCUCAAGUUGUCCGACGUGGACACGACCAAAGACCCAGAGCGCCGUGGCUCGACUUUGCGACACGACCUUGCGACACCAUCUUCCACGACGAAUGUGCCCAGGCCUAGCGAAGCCCUUGACUCAGAUACAACCGUCUUGCGAUUUCUUCAUGAUCUUCACUGUUGCUUCGGCCGAAGAUCUUGGGAAAAUGGCGAUGCGACAUGGAUUUCCCAAAGAAGGCAGCGCCGGAACCCUCGCGAAGCUGCAGACCAUCUAUCCAUUUUACGUCGCCGACCAAAAUGGCCACCGCGACUCGCCUCACCCUGUCCUGCUGGACAGAGUAAGACACUUACCGCAAGGAGACUCGACGGCACCACCGGCAGAGGCCAGCCUCAGAAGACGCCCAAGCCCAACCCCCCAGUUGCCCAGUUGCCCCCUCCCCAGAACGUUUCGGGCCUGUUGUGCAAAUCAUCCCAGGGUCGGUCACCAACGUUCAGCCCGCCACAUCGCGCAAAUCCUAACCUGAUCCUAUUUUAA